CAAACAGCACCUGGCAGUUGUUUUCUGUCUCUGAGGAUUGUUUUGAAAUCCUCCUAUGAAUUUCCCAGGCUAGCUCUCAGGCAGGACUGAGAGGCCAUGGGGCCUGCAGCUUGCUCUAAAGCUAGCAUCCAUACACUUGGUCCUGGCAUGAUGUGGGUUGUGUCUCACACAAGGCUGCAUUCAUCCAGAACUGCAGGGGACAGGGCAUUGUCACCUGAGCUGGGCACAGGUUAUCCCUGCCCUUGUGUAACCUGUUGCAUAAAGCGGGUGUGUGGGCAGGGGUGCUGCCAGCAGCGGGGGCUAUAAAGGUGGGUGCAGCCUCUCCUGCCCACAUCCACUCCAGGGCAAGGAUGACAGCAGCACUGCCCAGCCUGGCUCUGGCCCUGCUCUACCUGCUGCAGGCGAGGGCUCAGGUCCCUGUGCAACUGGACUUGGACACUGAGAAGUUUGCAGGGGUGUGGCAUGUCACAGCCAUUGCUUCCAACUGCUCCAUCUUCCUGAAGAUGAGGGAUGGGAUGAAGUCAUCCAUGGCCAUCAUCAGCUUCAUGCCAGACGGGGACCUGGCCAUGAAGUUGGUCUGGCCCUUGAUGCACAAAUGCCAAAAGUUUCAGCUUCUCUUCCAGCAGAGCGAGCAGGCAGGACACUACACAGGAGCACAAGAGAAGAGGGAUCUGCAUGUGAUGGAGACAGACUACAGCCACUACGCCGUCCUGCACGAGGCCCAUCACGGCGAGGCAGAGCCCAGCACGGCACUGCAGCUCCUCACAAGGGAGCAGGACCUGAGCCCCCAGCUCCUGCAGAAGUUCAUGGAGCUCAUCCCCACCAUGGGCCUGACUAAGGACAUGCUGGCCAUCCUGCCCAAGUCAGAUCAGUGCACCAGGGACAUCAGCUGAAGUACCAUGUGUCCUCUAGACCUAGUGAACAAUGGGCUCUGCACCCCACUCCACGGUGCUCCUUCCCAUCCUCCAGGCUCUGCCAGACCCCCUGCUUCGUACCAGGAUCAUCCUCAACCUCCUAAAUAAAUAGAUGCAGAAACUGCU